GGUUGACUAUAUAGUUAUCUCAAACCUUUUUAAUUUAGCGAGAUAAGUAUAUAGAGUUAACACUUUAUCUGGUUCGUGGCGAUACUGCGACCUUGAAACACGCUAGAUACACACAGUCACAGUGUCGUCUGCAGUCUAUCUUGUGACAGUUACACAGAAAACAUGUCGUCGUUUGCACCCAAAUCAUCGUCUGCAGACGAGAGAAGUGCUGAUUAUGCCCAGUAUGAUCGCGAUGAGGCAGUUUUCUUUCCCGAUAUUCCUAAAAUUUCAUUCAACUCUGAAGCUGGAGCCAAUGAAACAUUGGUGUUUAAAACAUACAACCCUAAGGAGGUUGUGUUGGGUAAAACUAUGGAAGAAUGGUUGAGGUUUUCUGUUUGUUUUUGGCACACGUUUAGAGGCACCGGGGCUGACCCUUUUGGGUUCCCAACCCUCCAUCGACCCUGGGAUGACGGUAGUGACAGUAUUGAGAAUGCUAAACGACGAAUGAGAGCAGCUUUCGAAUUUUUCUCUAAACUCGGUGUCAAAUAUUGGGCCUUUCAUGACAGAGAUAUAGCACCAGAGGGAUCGAACCUGGAAGUUUCCAACAAAAACCUCGACACCUUGGUAGAAUUAGCUGAACAACUUCAACAAAAAACUGGCGUCCAUUUAUUAUGGGCUACAUGUAACCUGUUCGCUCACCCUAGAUAUAUGAACGGAGCUAGCACCAAUCCAGAUGCUCAUGUUUUCGCCUACGCAGCGGCUCAAGUUAAAAAGGGGCUAGAAGUGGCCUUGCGUCUUGGAGCGGAAAAUUUUGUGUUUUGGGGAGGUCGUGAAGGCUACCAUACCUUACUGAAUACCAAUAUCAAGAAAGAAUUAGACAAUAUGGCUGCUUUCUUUAGAUUAGUUGUUGCUUAUAAAAAGAAGAUUGGUUUUAAUGGAACUUUAUUGAUAGAACCCAAACCAAAAGAACCAACAAAACAUCAGUAUGAUUACGAUGCCAUGACUGUGAUAGCUUUCCUCAAGACGUACGGUCUGGAACACGAGUUUAAGUUAAAUAUUGAACCAAAUCACACCACACUAGCUGGUCACUGUCAUGAACAUGAUGUUGCUAUGGCUGCAGCGUUUGGUAUGUUGGGUUCUAUCGAUUCUAAUACAGGUUCUCCUGAUCUCGGUUGGGAUACAGAUCAGUUUCCCAUGGAUGUUAAAAAUACCACAGCUAUUAUGAAGAUUGUGAUAGAACAAGGUGGUCUCCAACCAGGAGGGUUAAAUUUUGAUUGUAAAGUUCGCCGUGAGUCUACAGAGCUAGCUGAUAUGUUUAUAGCUCAUAUAGGUGCUAUGGACGCCUUUGCCCGAGGAUUAAAAUGUGCAGCUAGGAUUGUAGACGAGGGUGUUUUAAGUAUGCAAGUUCUGGAAAGAUACAGUAGUUAUAGUAUUGAUAUUGGAGCCAGGGUGGAAAGUGAAGAGACGUCUCUUGAGGAAUUGGAGAAAUAUGUAUUAAAGAAUGGCGAACCAGAAAGACGAUCGGGAAGACAGGAACAUUUCGAAUCUAUAAUUAAUCAUUAUGUUUAAACUGUAUUGGUGUAGUUCCAGCCUGUAGAAAUUAUACCUGAUAUCUAUCUGAUACCGCACAAAUACCAUCUUCACAGUGUCAAGGUAUUACGAACUUCAUCUUAUACCUUGACUGUUAUAGUCACUAUUCAUGUACCACGGAAUGCAGCGAUUUGAUUGGAUUGUCUGUCAGCGAAUACAGCUAAUCAAAGCACUCGUCUUUAUCCACGGAUAUUUUAUCGAGACUUCUGAUUGGCUGGCGUACAAUCCAAUCAAAAGCGUCAUUUACAAACUUCCAAAAGGUGGCUAUUGCAGUCAAGGUAUAAGUUAGAAAUAGCUUGAAAUUGUGAAGAUCCCCAAAUGCUUAAAUAGACUCUGCUACACACGCAAACUUAUUUAACAGUAUAAUGAUUCACAACAUAAUUGAACAAUCCACUAAAUUUUGUAGGUAGUGUAAUUAGUAAUAAAUAUAGUUUCAAUUACUAUUUAUUAUACCUGGGAGUAGAGUGGACCAACCUGGAACCCAAACUGUGCAAAAUGUUUUUUUGUUUUUAAAGCCUUGUUUUAGGUAAAAUUAUGUUUAAUAUAAUUAAUAACAGUUAUAAUUAGUUGUAUUAUUGGAAAUAUUUCUAUAUCCCUCUAUUAUUGAUAUAUUGAAGACUACAGUAUUUUAACAGUGAAAAUUGUUUUGUUAUAUUACUAACUUGUAAAGCUCUAAUAUGAGCACUUAAAGCCUCUAUCUGCUAUUAUAGUGUGUUUUAGCUGCUAUUAUAGUGAUAUGAGUUGAGAUAUUCUAGCUGCUAUUAUAGUGAUAAGGGUUGAUAUAUUCUAGCUGUUAUUAUAGUGAUAAG